GUGAUGAAAUGAAAACUUUUCAUUAUUAAAUGAUAAACAAGUAAAACUGGAAAACUUAAAAUUAUGUGCUUUAAUUUGACAAAAGUAAGUUGAUCAAAUAUAAUUUCCCACCCUCUACAAUCCAUUUGAGAUACACUUCGCAGUUAAUCAUUUUACCUAAGUUAGUGCCGAGUUUGUAUCAAUGGAUAAUGCAAAAAAUGAAAAUACUGACGGUUGUUCCAAUCCCUUGUCCCCACGCACAAAUGAUUUAAAAUUAGAAGAACGCGAUGAUAAGUCAAGAGAACAUGAGUCCACUGAUGACAAUCAUGAAGGUCUUGUAAACCAAAAUGGCAUUUACCGAACAGCUGUUUACAAUAACAAGAGGAUUAAAAUUUAUCAAUACAAAACCUUUCCAAAAAAUUAUCUACAAAGCGUAUACGAAUUGCUGGGGAGUGAAUUAUCUGAACCGUAUAACAUUUUUUUACUUAAAACGAUUUUGAAGAACUAUAGCGAAAUUGCACUAAUGUGCUUAUGCGAUGAAGAGUGUAUGGGCACAGUAAUAAGCAAAAUUACGACCAAAUGUAAAAAUGAUGAACCAACGACAUUCGGAUAUAUAUGUAAAAGGAAAAAGCAAAAAUGCAUAAAUUUAGCUUGCAGCAUUGUUUUUACUAGUUCUACACAUGAGUGUGCAUCUAUCCAUGAAAAAUUUAAUUUGUUCCACUUUUUUCCCUUUCACUGUCCAUAA